UGUCUCUCUUGUUUCUCAUCUCUCCUCACCAUGUGAAGCGGGACCCUUCCAGCCAUUUGCCUGAUUACUCUGGUGAUGGUGAACAAGUUGUUCCAGAGCACCUCAUAGAUGAUUGGAUGAAGUUGUAACUAUGGUCACAAUAGGGUGGGGGGCAUGGGCCCGCUCUCCCUGUAGCUUCGUGCUGGUCAUCUGUGUACUUGUGUGUCUGUCCCAGCCACCCCCUAUCAGAACUGCAGACUGUGAUCAAAAGGAGCAUCCAGUCAUGUCCAACCAAGGUCUGAAGACAUGGAUGUCAGAGUUCUCACACCCAGGAGUAAAGGACUUUUCUCAACUGGUCUUGGACCUGAGCAGAAAGCAGCUUAUUGUGGGAGCGAGAAACUUCCUAUUCAGCCUUAGUUUGAGCAAUGCCUCCCUCAUACAGGCAACAGAAUGGACACCUGAUGACUACACAUUCCACUCUUGCAAGAGCAAGGGCAAGUCAGAGGAGGAGUGUCAAAACUACAUACGGGUUUUGUUGCUGAGCGGGAGGACACUUGUCACAUGUGGGACCAAUGCUUUCACUCCUGUCUGUAUGACCAGGCAGAUUGAUAACAUCAGUCAAGUGUUGGACACAGUGAACGGUGUUGCGCGAUGUCCCUAUGACCCCCGCCACAACUCCACGGCCAUGAUAUCGGAGAAGGGUGAGCUGUAUGCUGCCACGGUAAUCGACUUCUCUGGACGCGACCCUGUCAUCUACAGGAGCCUGGGCAACAUGCAUCCACUCCGCACGGCCCAGUACAACUCUAAAUGGCUCAAUGAGCCUCAAUUUGUGUCUGCUUAUGACAUCGGCCGAUUCGCCUACUUCUUCUUGAGGGAAACCGCUGUUGAAAACGACUGUGGAAAGAUGGUGUUCUCACGCGUGGCCCGUGUGUGUAAAAAUGACAUGGGCGGUCGUUUCCUUUUGGAGGACACCUGGACCACCUUUAUGAAGGCACGAUUAAACUGCUCACGCUCAGGAGAAAUACCCUUUCAUUACAAUGAACUACAGAGCACCUUCUACUUACCAGAGCAGGACUUGAUCUAUGGCAUUUUCACCACUAAUGUGAACAGCAUGUCUGCCACUGCUGUUUGUGCCUUCAACGUGACUGCCAUCACGCAAGCUUUCAAUGGACCUUUCCGUUACCAGGAGAACCCCCGCACUGCCUGGCUCUCUGCUCCAAAUCCCAUACCCAAUUUCCAGUGUGGCACGCUGGAUGAAGGCGGCACUGGUGGGAACCUGACCGAACGCAACCUUCAGGAUGCUCAGCGACUCUUUCUGAUGCACGAUGUGGUGCAGCCAGUGACAGUCAAUCCUCUGCUCACCCAGGAUAACGUACGCUUCUUGAAGCUGGUGGUGGACGUCGUGCAGGGCCGCGAUGCCCUUUACCACGUCAUGUACAUCGGCACCGAAUAUGGCACCAUCUUGAAGACUCUCGCCACAACAAGUACAAUUCUUCAUGGCUGUUACUUGGAGGAGAUCAGGAUCCUUCCUGAUGGGCAAACCGGGUCAAUCAAGAGUCUGCAGAUCCUCCACAAGGACAGAUCUUUGUUUGUGGGGCUUGAUGACAGACUGGUGAAGAUCCCAUUAGAACGAUGCUCCAGCCAUCCAACUGAGCAACGCUGUCUGGAAGCUCGGGACCCAUAUUGUGGCUGGGAUCACAAACAGGAGCGUUGCACAACUAUUGAGGAUAGCGCUGACAUGAACCAGUGGACCCAGAACAUCACACAGUGCCCAGUGAGGAAUCUGAAGCAGGAUGGCGGGUUUGGCCCUUGGGCACCUUGGCAACCCUGUGACCACAAUGACGGCGAGGGUUCCAUCAGCAGCUGCAUUUGCCGAUCCCGCUUGUGUGAUGGGCCUGUGGCCCGAUGUGGUGGGGUCGACUGUAAAGGCCCAACCAUUCAGGUGGCCAACUGCUCCAGGAAUGGUGGCUGGACUCCCUGGUCUUCAUGGGGUCAUUGCAGCAGCAGUUGUGGUGUCGGUUUUGAAGUGAGGCAGCGGUCCUGCAAUAACCCCUCGCCUCGUCACGGGGGUCGAAUCUGUGUUGGUCAAGGUCAGGAGGAGAGGCUGUGCAAUGAAAAAAAAACAUGCCCAUUACCAGUGUUGUGGACUGCAUGGGGGCCAUGGACUCAAUGCAAUGCUGAAUGUGGAGGAGGGGUACAAGCCAGGACCAGAACCUGUGAGAAUGAAAACACCUGCCCUGGAUGUGCCAUGGAGUAUAAGGCCUGUAAACUGGAGGCCUGCCCUGAGGUGCGCCGCAACACCCCGUGGACUCCCUGGAUGCCAGUCAACAUCAGUCAAGAUGGAUCACGCCAAGAGCAGAGAUACAGAUACAUGUGCCGGGCAUUAUUAAAGGACGUCCAGAAACUUCAAUUAGGAAAGAAGAAAAUAGAGACCAGGUUUUGUCCAAAUGACGGUUCUGGAACAUGCCAGACUGACUCUCUGGUCAAUGACAUGGUAAAGUCAAGUGAUCGGAUUGUGUCACAGCCUAAAGAUAUACACUGGGGAUCUUGGGAAACAUGGUCCACCUGUUCCCAGCAAUGUUCCAGAGGCUUUCGAACCCGGAGACGUGGUUGCUCAACAGCAGAGGGCAGGACCAAUCCAAGUGCAUGUGUUGGAUCUCCGGUGGAUUAUCAAGAUUGCGACAUGCAACCAUGCCCAGUGGCCCGAGCCUGGACAUGUUGGUCUUCAUGGUCCCAGUGUUCUGUGAGGUGUGGGGGUGGCCACUUUCAGCGUACAAGGUCAUGUGACAAUCCACUUCCGGCCAAUGGGGGUGGGAUCUGUACUGGUCUACACACUGAAGAGGCACUUUGCAAUACACACACUUGUGAAGGUGGUUGGGGGGUGUGGUCAGACUGGGGGAACUGCGAUGAGGAGGGCCUGCAGUAUCGCUCCCGCUCCUGCGGCGAAAACCAGGAAGCUACUUUGUGCCAGGGUAACAUAAGCCAGACUAGACCAUGCCAGACACAUGAGGUGGCAGUCAUUUUGCCUGAACAGGACCACAACUGUGGAACCUUCACGUUGUUCCAGCUGGUCGCUGUGGGCAUUGCCAGUUUUUUUGUAGCUGCCCUCUUGUCGGCACUGGCUGUCACCUAUUGUCACCAUUUGAGCCAACCCUCCACAGAGUCGGCGGUCAUCCACCCCAGCACGCAUAAUCACCUCACCUACAACAAACAUGACAAUGCAAUGCCAAAGAAUGAGAAGUACAUUCCCAUGGAGGUCGUGAUGCUACACAAGAACAAUCUUCACGUAAAUGACGACACUAGCCGCCACUUCCCUUCCUCUGUCCCUUCCAGCAACAUGUUCACCACCACCUACUACCCUCCCAACCUGAGCAAGUAUGACUUUCCACCAGAAGCACCCUGCAGGGCGUACGUGCACAGCUAACAGCACAUCAGCUCAAACUGAAACACCAAAAUCCCCGUGGUGCUCAUAGAUGCUAAA